AGCAACCAGGAGCAGGAGAGGUUCUCAAGGGGCCUGUUAGGCAGAUGAGAAAUUAAACCAACUUGUUUAUCACUCAUAUAUUCCACUGCUCCAAACCCUCACCAUGUCAUGGAGGAACAUCUGCUCCCUACAUCCCACAUCCAGCAAUUCAGAGCUUUCAAAAGGGCCUCUGUCCAUCCUGAAAGCACCUCCAUCCCUCUUCCUCCCCCUCGGGGCAGGUGAGAGGUGCCGAGCCCAGCCUGGGUUUGGGCUGUGGAGGGUGCUCUGCUCGUGCCGUGUCUAUCCCAGAGCUCGCACAGGAUGCCAGGGAAGGCCACACCGAGUGAUCCGGCAGGAGGCAGGACACCGGCGAGAUGUUUGCUGUCUGCCCGGCAAACGCCCCAUUCCGGCAGGGCCGGGGGGGCCCAGCGCUGGGCACGGCCCUCCCAGGGGCGGGACAUGGGCCGGACUCCAACUCCAACUUCGUGGGAGAGGUGUGUGACAGCAACGAGAACUGGAGCCAGCCAGCGCCGGGGUCCCCGCUGGAGGAGGGCUCCAGCCAGAGCGAAAACACCACAAAUCCAUCUGAUAAUCUGCUGUUAUUAAUGCAGAGACAGAUGGUCCAGGGCCGGCUUAGGGACACUGCCCCGGGCCUGGGUGACACGCACCCCGAGCAGGGGGAGCGCAGCCCCCCCGAGGGAGCCGAGGUCAGCGGGGCAGGGGGACACAGCGCUGCCCGGGAGGCGGCCGGGGGAUGUGCGAAGCCCCCGAGCUCCCCUGCAGAGGACAACGGCUACGCCAGCAGCUCCCUCAGCAUCGAUAGCCCCGACAGCACCUGCAGCACCACCUGGGACCCUCCUGCCUCUGCCCCCCGAGCCGAGAGCCCCCCUGAGGCAGGGCCAGCUGAGCCCGAGCUGGGGACCCUUUUCCCGGCGCUGGCAGAGGCCGUGCAGCACCUCCAGGACAAGGAGCGCUUCAAGGAGCAGGAGAAGGAGAAGCACCACAUCCAGCUGGUGAUGUACCGGCGCCUGGCCCUGCUGCGCUGGAUCCACGGCCUGCAGCAGAGAGUUGUGGACCAGCAGAACCGGUUGCAGGAGAGUUUCGACACCAUCCUGGAUAAUCGCAAGGAGCUCAUCCGCUGCAUGCAGCAGGGCCCAGCCUGCGUCGCUGCUGCAGCUGCCCCUGGCCCCUGAGGUGCCACCAGCGCAGCCCAGCCCAGCCCUCACCCUCCAGAUGCUGUGGUAUUGGCUGGUGGCAUCUCCAUCCUGUGCCAAGCGCUCACCGGGGCCCUGGGUGCCCACCCUGCCCUUCCCUUCUCUCUCCAACGCAGCCACGAGUCCCCGAAGAGUUCAUCUCCAUCGUCCUCUGCACUGGAAUUUGUUUUGUCCUGCACCCCGGUCUGGGGUGGUACUGGGCUGGGUUGACCUCAGGACCUUGGGGUUUGCUGAGCCUGAGGUGGCCAGGCUCAUCUUUAAACCUAAUCUAGUUCAUUGCUGAGCCUGGCUUAGCCACACCAGUGCUGGGAUGGCCAUGCUGGAGCUGCAGGGCAGUGAGGGCCCCAGGGCAGUGAAGCUUCUGAACCUCCCUGGGCAAAGCACUUCCAGCACGAGCUGCAUCCCCACAUCCCACCUGCACCAGUGCAUCCCUGCAGCCACAGCCCAGCCCCUGGUAAACAUUGCUUGGUGGUGAGAGUGAGGUGUCCUGGGCUGUAAAAGAGAAAAAAAGUCAUUCUGAGAAGUGACCUCAGAAUGCUGGAAAGUAAAUUUGAGUCAAUUGAUCCAACACAAUAUAUGUUUUUAAUGUCAGUAUUAGUGAAAAGUUAAUUUAGGUCUAUGUGUGUGUGCACGUCUGUCUGCUGUGGGCAAUGCUCUCACUCAGUGCAUGAUCCCAAAGCUGCUCAUGGACUUGUGGUGUUGGUGUUUAUAUUAAUUUAUCAUUUGGGAGCAAAAAGAUUUUUUUUUUUUUUUAAUCUGCAUUUUAUCUAGCAAGAGCUGUACACCGAACCCAAAGAACAAUUGUCUUACCUAGAGAUGGAAAAGGAGCUGCUGUGUGUGUUUGCUGUGCUUUGCUGUGCAUCCAUAGAACACACAUUCCAUUGCAGUGCUGAUGUGGAGGAGCAGCAGUGGGCAGGGCUCAGCCAGAGGGGUCUGCACUCCCCAUCCUGCCCUGGUUGCCAAGCAAAGCUGGGCACUGAUUCCAUUUCUCAUCUGCAAAGGAGGGUGAUGAGGGAUUCCAGAGAUUCCUCCCAGCCAAACUGCUGCCUGCCAUCGGAGGAGCCACUUCACCAGGACCCCAGGGAGCAGCAGAACCUGGCAGCCUGGUCAGAUCCUGGCACCCACCAGAUGCUCCUGGACUGUGGAUAAACAACUGUGGCCAAGCCCACCAGUGCCCCACAGGCCAGGGGCAGCCCCAGCCUCCUCCUGCCCCACAUGGAGCACAGUCUCUGCUCCCCCUGGGGCUGCUGCCAGUGGGUGAAAUGAGGAGAUCCACAAAAAUCCUCCUCCAAAAAGGACAUUUUGGUGGCAAGGGGUGCACUCAGCUCAAAGCAACCUGCGCCAGCACUGGAAGAUUCUGGCAGCUUCCUGCAAGGCUCAUGCUGCCCUCACCUCCCUUCUGCUCGCUCGUGUCCAGCUCCUGCUGCCUCUGUUGUAUCCCAGACCUGUGAUUGUGGGCAUGUUGCACACCUUAAUAAAAGCCUUGGAGCUGAA